AUGAAGUACGUUAUAGUCUCUGGUGGUGUUAUCUCUGGUAUCGGGAAAGGCGUGUUGGCGUCGUCGACCGGUAUGCUGCUGAAAACACUGGGCUUGCGGGUCACCUCGAUCAAGAUCGACCCGUACAUGAACAUCGAUGCCGGGACGAUGUCGCCGUUGGAACACGGGGAGUGCUUUGUGCUUAACGAUGGUGGCGAGACGGACCUGGACCUGGGGAAUUACGAGCGCUACUUGGGAGUGACGCUGACAAAGGACCACAACAUCACCACGGGCAAGAUGUACUCGCACGUCAUCUCGCGCGAGCGUAAGGGCGACUACCUGGGCAAGACGGUGCAGGUGGUGCCUCAUCUGACGGACGCGAUCCAGGACUGGAUCGAAAGAGUGGCGCGCGUCCCCGUGGACGACUCUGGGGUCGAGCCGGAGGUUUGCAUCAUCGAGCUUGGUGGUACCGUGGGCGACAUCGAAAGUGCUCCGUUCGUGGAGGCGCUCAGACAGUUCCAGUUCCGUGUUGGAAAGGACAAUUUCUCCUUGAUCCACGUCUCGUUGGUGCCCGUGAUCCACGGUGAGCAGAAAACCAAGCCCACCCAGGCCGCGAUCAAGGACUUGCGUUCGCUAGGUCUGAACCCUGACAUGAUUGCCUGUCGUUGUUCCGAGAAGCUGGACGAGCCCACCAUCAACAAGAUUGCCAUGUUCUGCCACGUCGGCCCGGAACAGGUUGUGAACGUCCACGACGUCAAUUCGACCUACCACGUCCCACUGCUGUUGCUGGAACAGAAGAUGAUUGACUAUCUGUGCGGACGUCUGAAGCUCCACGACGUCUCUUUAAAUGCAGAGGACAAGAAGCGCGGUGAAAACUUGCUGAACAGAUGGAAGAGUUUGACCACAUCCAUCGAGGAAUCCUUCGAAACUGUCAAAAUUGCGUUGGUCGGCAAAUACACCAACUUGAAGGAUUCGUACUUGUCGGUGAUAAAAUCCUUGGAGCACUCUAGUAUGAGGUGCCGCCGGAAAUUGAGCAUCGUGUGGGUGGAGGCCUCUGAUUUGGAGCCGGAAACCAACGAAACAGAUAAGACCAAAUUCCACGAAGCCUGGAACAAACUGAGCACCGCUGACGGUGUUUUGGUUCCCGGUGGUUUUGGCUUAAGAGGUACAGAAGGUAUGAUUUUGGCUGCCAAAUGGGCUCGUGAAAACAGCAUUCCUUACUUGGGUGUGUGUCUGGGCCUGCAAGUUGCUACGCUAGAGUUUGCUCGUAACGUAUUGGGCAUGAAAGACAUCACAUCUGCUGAAUUCGAACCGGAAUGCCCAGAGGAGCACCAAGGUGUGGUGUACAUGCCAGAAAUCGACAAAGAAAACAUGGGGGGGACUAUGCGGUUGGGUUUGAGACCUACGCUUUUCCAAUCCGAAACUGAGUGGUCAAAGAUCCGCAAGCUAUACGGCGGGGUUCACGAAGUUCACGAAAGACACCGUCACCGCUACGAGGUGAACCCUAAGUUGGUUCCUAAGUUGGAAGAGCAUGGCCUAAUGUUUGUGGGAAGAGACGAAACCGGAGAGAGAUGUGAAAUUCUUGAGUUGCGCAACCAUCCUUAUUUCGUGGCCACCCAGUAUCACCCAGAAUACAUGUCCAAAGUCUUGGACCCAUCUCAACCAUUUUUGGGCUUGGUGGCCGCUUCUGCCGGAGUAUUGGACAAACUCGUGUCUGAGAACUCUCAGGCUUCCUCCGAACGUGCCGAAUUUUGA